GUAUAUAUACAGUAUCCUGUGAAAAUUCAUGCGGAUAAUCAGCGGAUUCAAAAAGAAACUUCAUGGGACGGGUUUUUGGUUGACGUUUAUCGCAAUCGUUGUGAAGAAAGGCUGUAGCAGAAGCAGCAGAAGCAGGAGCAGCAGCAGCAGCAGAAGGAGAGGGAGGAUCUUGAUUGGAACGUACGAUGGCGGCGUGGGCCGGCCAGUAGAUAAACAGGGGUGGUUGGGGAAUGUGAAGACACGUGGCUGAAUGCUUGGACGUCCAGGUGGAGCGGCGCGCAUUGACGAAGAGGAAGAUGCCGGGCGGCGCGCUUGCACAGAACGGAGCAUGGCUCCGGCCUCUGGCAUCGCGUCUUGUCGUACGUCGGAUCCCCCUCCCCCGGGGUUGCCACGUGUCCCCUGGCUCCAUUCGGCGGACGUGGGACAGCCACGUCAGCACGAUGCUUUUUUCUGAUCAUCUCCGUGCGCGUUCCACCCCUGCCACCCUCUCUCUCCACGUCAGCAACCCGUUCAUCAUCCAGGUCACGCAGCACCAGUCUGUCCAUCAUCAUCAUCAUCUUCAGAACGGCUCCAUCGGUGUCGUCGAGGUUGGACGAUCCUCCUCGUGCUCUAAUUGCGAUAGCUGCUGGUCUGACACGUGGCGGGAGAAUCUCGGACGUGUGAUUUGCUCGGCAAGCUGCCGCGCUGGGCCACGUCAUCCAUUUUCGCCGGCUGGGUGUCGUUUUCGUUCUUCUGCAUCAUCAUCAUCGUCAUCGACUGCCGCUUCACCCUUGUGUUCUCCCUCGAGCAACCGAGGAUUGGCGGGAAACACCGCGGGGAAUGUGGCGGGAAAUACCGGGGGGAAUGUGGCGGGGCAGGCGUCGACGAGAAACAGCCACGUGUCAGCGUAUUCGAAUGCCACGGCGGUAUCUUCAACACAGGACGGCAGCCCGGCGGCAUCCUCUUCCUCUUUAUCUUCUCCCCUGCCGUCGUGCUUGCCAUCAUCAUCAUCUGGUAGUAAUCUGAUUGACACGCUGGAGCUGAGGGGUUUGGUGGAGUCGCUGACAUCGGAGGAGUUGCGCACUGUUGUUGCUCAGCGAUCGCUCUCCGUGUAUUGUGGAUUCGAUCCGACGGCUGAGAGCUUGCACAUCGGGAACUUGAUCGGCAUAAUCGUGCUGGCAUGGUUCCAGAGAUACGGCCACAGACCCGUCGCACUGCUGGGCGGGGCAACGGCGCGCAUUGGCGAUCCGUCGGGCAAGAGUGUCGAGAGGCCCCUUCUGGGAGAUUCCACCAUCAACAAGAACCUUGCCAAGUUGCGUUCCUUGCUCGAGAGGCUUCUUCUCAAUGCGCCACGUGGCACUGAGCACGACUCUUCGUCGGCCGUGUCAUCCCCGUCAUCGUCUCCUUCCGCCGGUCCUCCUCCUCCUCCCCCCCUCCCCCUCCCCCUCCCGCUGGUCCUGAAUAAUGCCGAUUGGUUCUCACAAUUCAGUAUGCUGGACUUCUUGCGCGACGUCGGCCGGCACGUUCGCGUCGGGACCAUGUUGGGAAAGGAGAGCGUGCGAUCCCGAUUGCAGUCCGAGUCGGGACUGAGUUUCACCGAGUUCUGCUAUCAACUCCUCCAAGGCUACGACUUCGUUCAUUUGCACAAGGAGCAUGGGGUUAGUGUUCAGGUCGGCGGAUCCGACCAGUGGGGAAAUAUCACCGCGGGGACGGAUCUGGUGAGGAAGCUUUUGCCACGCAAAGGCGGGGAAGUCGCAGUAGGAGGAGAAGCAGAAGCAGAAGCAGAAGGAGGAGGAGGAGGAGGAGGAGAGGGAGGGGUAGGAGGAGAGGAAGUCCCCGAAGGGGGACCUAUGGUGUAUGGGUUGACUUUUCCGUUGUUGUUACAAAGUGAUGGGCGUAAGUUUGGCAAAACCGAGUCUGGAGCCGUGUGGCUGUCGGCCGAGCUUCUUUCUCCGUACCAAUUCUACCAGUACUUGAUUGGCGUUGCCGAUGCCGAUGUGAUAAGAUUGAUGAAGAUGUUAACGUUCGUAGAUCUGGAUGAGAUCUCGGAGAUGGAAGCAGCUAUGUCGCGACCCGAUUACGUUCCCAACUCUGCCCAGAGGAGACUUGCUGCGGAGGUCACGCGAUUCGUCCAUGGAGAAGAAGGAUUAGAAGAGGCACUGCGCGCCACUCGAGCGCUGUCGCCGGGAGCGAAGACGACGAAACUCGACGUGGCUGCGCUCACAGCCAUCGCUGGUGAUGUGCCAACAAUUGACCUGGACAGAUCGGCGGUGGUUGGCCGACCGCUUGUCGAUGUGGCAGUGCAUGUCGGACUCUUCCCUAGCAAGGGCGCCGUUCGACGACUAAUCAAGCAAGGAGGCGUCUAUCUCAACAACGAAAAGGUGGAGGAAGAAGAUCGCCUCCUGAGAGAUGUUGAUGUCAUCGGCGACACAAUGUUCUUGCUCUCCUCCGGCAAGAAGAAGAAGGUCAUCGCGAGAGUGCUCUCCUCCUCCUCCUCCUCCUCAUCGUCAUCCUCAGGUUAAUGGCACAUUUUCUCCACGGUGUGCCAUUGAAAAUAGGCUUAUCAAGCAUCGGGGAGGGGGAGGAGGAGGUGGAGUGGAAGGAGGGGAGGGGGGGGUGGUGAUCUCCCUGCACUUGGAGAGGUGAAGGGAGAUAUCACCCACCCACAUUCUCAAAGGCAUUGAUGUCAUCGUUAUGCACAAGAUGUGCUCUUUUCUUUUCUCUGCAGGCAGAGGGGGUGAUUAUUGCUCAAGCGCCUCUCUUUUCCUCCUUUACCUCCACCUCUCUGCCGCCUCUGCGUCGGAACGAUGGUCCUGCGUUCUGAUUGCCCGUGACCAGGCAAGUCCUCCGCGCGGCAACCGCCGAAGAGUCUGCCACGUGUCUUCUCCACACAUGUCCAGCUCAUUCAUAUGUAUUUUACACAGAGGUCCAGAUCAUCGGCGCCCAGCAUUCUGCGAACGAAGAAAAUUUCCAGCAAAAGAUAAGUAGCUUUGCCACCUGCAAGGAGAAAUAGAAUAGAUGCCUGUAUUGCCUAGAUACCCCUUGGGACGUUCGAGAUGAAGAGGGUCAAAAUUACCCCUUUGACCCUUACUCGAAGCCGUCUGUUCAGGAGGGGAUUGGAUUUGUAGUGAUCAAAGUGUUAUGGGGGUAUGUCUGAAAUUUAAGCCAUGGACUCCAUCACCACCUAACUUCAUCCUCCUCCUCCUCCUCAGCAUGAUAAUUCUUUGUUUUGUUUUUUUUUUCAAUUGAACUUGGAACGACUUUUUUUUUUUUGAACUUGGAACGACUUUCACUUCCUCGUUCAAUAAUUGUCACAGGUAACAAAUGGAAUAGCAGAGG